CGGGCUCGGGGCUAUAAGAGGGCCAGGUGGGUGCAGGGGGCAGAGACACCGGGGCCCCCGCUCAACCAUGACCCACAGCCGCAGACUCUCCGGCCCCGCCCUGGCCUCCUUCCUGCUGACCGUGCUGCUGGGCGGCCCCGUGCUGGCCUCCGAGAUCGUGGGCGGCCGGCAGGCCCGGCCCCACGCGUGGCCCUUCAUGGUGUCCCUGCAGCAGCGCGGACGCCACUUCUGUGGGGGGACCCUGGUGGCCCCCAACUUUGUCAUGUCGGCUGCGCACUGUGUGAAUGGCAGAAACUUCCGGGCAGUGCAGGUGGUGCUGGGGGCACACAACCUGGGGCGGCGAGAGCCCACGCGGCAGCUGUUCGGCGUCCAGCGCAUCUUCGAGAACGGCUUCGAUGCCCAGCAGCUGGCGAACGACAUCGUGCUCCUGCAGCUCAACGGCUCAGCCACCAUCAACACCAACGUGCAGGUGGCCAGGCUGCCCCAGCAGGGCCAAGGUGUGGGCAACGGGGUCCGCUGCCUGGCCAUGGGAUGGGGCCAGCUGGGCACAAACCGGCCACCGCCCCGCGUCCUGCAGCAGCUCAACGUGACCGUGGUGACCGCCCUCUGCCCCUCCACCAACGUGUGCACGCUGGUGCCCCGCCGGCGCGCAGGCAUCUGCUUCGGGGACUCCGGCGGGCCCCUGGUCUGCAACGAGCUGAUCCACGGGAUCGACUCCUUCAUCCGCGGAGGCUGCGGCAACGGCUACUACCCGGACGCCUUCGCCCCCGUGGCGCAGUUCGCAGACUGGAUCAACUCCGUCAUCCGCCAACACGACGGCCGCCCUCGUCUCCACCCGGGGGACCCUGCGAGCAGGAGCCAUUAGGAAGGGCUGCCCAGGCCCCCCGCCGCCCCUGCCCCCGGGCAGGCCCACCCAGGCUGCAGGAUGCAGCAUCUGACAGAAUAAAGCCUUCUCUUUUGUA